CUUUACAGCUGAAACAGCUACAAAACAAGUUUUAGGAGUAAAUUCAUCUGAAGAAGAACAAACAUUAAAAACUUUACGAGCCAGAGAACAAGAACACCAACGGCGCUUGGAAAUUAUGGAAAAAGAACAUGAGAUUAAACUGGAAAUUCUUAGGAUUGAAAAAGAAACUGCAGAAAUCAACAGGGAUAUUGCUAGGAAACAACUGUUACGUUUGUCACAAAACCGAUAUUAUUCUAGUCAGUUGGGUGACCUUGGUAGUGGAGCUGGAAAAGGGGGUGGUGGUGGAGGUUCAAUUCGUGAAGCUGGUGGUGCUUUUGGGAAGAUAGAAGCUGGCAGGGAAGAAGAAUUUUUCUAUAAGCAGCAAAAGGAACAACUCAAGAAGCUGAAAGAGGACUUGAAAGAUGAAAUUAGUUUUCAUGAAGAACAAGUGAAACGGCACCAAGAGGCAAUAAAGCGCCACAAAGAGAGAGUGAAGGAUAUUGAAAGCAAGUCCAAGCACUAAAGGAUGACUGGAGAUGUUUUGUUAGAGCAUGUGCUGCGCCAUGAUGCACUUAAAGUUCUUUGUGCAUAUCUGUACUGUAUAGAACUACUGUAAAGGAAUGUUUUUGAAAAUGUACUUUUACAGACUGAUUAGCUGUUGAUUAAAAGCUUUAUGAGCAUAAUUUUCAAUACUUUUUGUGCAUAUUACUUUAUUAUGUAACAGAGUGGACUUUGCAUAUGAUGUAGAUAUAUACCUGUAAAAUGUCAUUAUAUUGUUUAUUUUAAAGUCACAAUAAAGAAUCACUUAACUCUUACUGAAA